UUUCUGCUCAAGGUGUCCCCUCUGCUCCACGGGACCCUCUGGCCCGAAACGCGCUCCUGCGCAGUUGGCGCCCCAGGGCCUCCUUGGUGCCCUCCGAACCCUUGCCCACCAUCCCGCCAUGACCGCUUCGGGAUCCGUGCUCACCCUAACCGCCAGCGAGUUGCUGCAGUGCCCCCUACCCGAGGCCUUCGAGAAGUUCCCGUCGGACAGCGGCCGCAACGGAUGCAUCGUCCGAGAGUUCGCGCAGGGCGCCGCCGAGGGGGACCUCCUCGUGGGCUGGGCUGCAUCCCUCUGCAGCCUCGGCGAGAAGGCGGCGGACGAGCUGCGGUACUGGGAGGGCCACCAGGCGCAGGCGGGCGAGGCCUUCGGCGCCCAGCUCCGGCGGCAGCUGCGGGAGGACUUCGGGCACCUGCGCGAGGCCCUCGUGGGCGAGGAGGGCGUGGACGCCGCGGAGGCGGGGCGGCUGACGGACGCCGGGCCGCAGGAGCGGCUCGUGUCGUUCGUCGAGCGCGCGAUGCAGCUCUACGACGCGGCCUGCGGCGGCUCGGGCGGCGGCGGCGAGAGGCCCUUCUGGUCCGUCAAGCUGGACGUGAACGCCCCCUCCGCCUGCAUCAAGUUCCAUGACGACUUCGUGAACCUUCGGCUGGUUGCCACCCUGGUCGGAGAGGGCACCGUGCUCGCUCCCGACCACGCAGUGGACUGGGCACUGUACGACCAGGGGCCGCCAGCGGAGAUGUCGGGUGAGGGCGAGGGCGGCGAUGCGAACACGGAGCAGUGCAGGGCCUGGAACAAGAGCGCGGUUUCGGAGGACAUCCCGACCAGAGCCGGCGACGCAGUUCUUAUGAAGGGUGGGGCGAGCUCGGCCACACGCCCUCUGCUGCACAGAGCGCCUUAUUCGGCCGACGUGGGCAGCGCUGCAAGCAGGCGCUUCUUGAUUACCGUCGAGCGCCUGUCUGCCGAAGACAGGGACGAGUUCGUGGGGAUGUUCGGCGAGCCCACGGAGGUCGAGCCCGCUGGCCGGGGCAAAAGCAGCGGUGAUCUUUCAGAGAAGCUGCCGGUUACGGUGUUGAGUGGCUUCCUCGGUGCUGGCAAGACGACCUUGCUCACGCACAUAUUAAACAAUCGGGAGGGGUUGCGUGUCGCCGUCUUGGUCAACGACAUGGCAUCUGUCAACAUUGACUCGAAGCUCUUGCAGGACGGCGUGAAGCUUGAGGAGAGCAAGGACAAACUGGUGGAGCUCAGCAACGGAUGCAUAUGCUGUACACUUCGUGACGAUUUGAUCAAGAGCGUUCGAGCGCUGUCGCUUGAGCGUCGCUUCGAUCACCUACUGAUCGAGAGCACGGGCAUCUCGGAGCCGAUGCCCGUUGCUGCCACGUGGGCUGCCACCGACGACCAGGGUUUGGCACUGCUCGGAAGCGUUGCGCGCCUGGACACGCUCGUCACGGUUGUGGACUGCAAGAAUUUUUUGAACGACUAUGGCAGUGGUGACAAGUUCGUGGACAGGGAGGAGCUGGGGGCGGAGGAGUCCGACAAGAGAACGAUCGUGGACUUGCUGGUCGACCAGGUGGAAUUCGCCAACGUCCUGGUCCUCAACAAGACGGACCUUGUCUCCGCCUCCGAGCUGGGCCGCCUGAGGGGCAUCCUCCGGAAGCUCAACCCCGGAGCCCAGAUCGUCGAGAGCAGGUAUUCGGCGGUGAGCCCGAAGCUUGUGCUGAACACGAACCUCUUCGACAUGGAGUCGGCGAGCAUGACGCCGGGGUGGAUCAAGGAGCUACAGGGCGGGCACACGCCAGAGAGCGACGAGUACGGCAUUUCCAGCUUCGUCUACCGCGCAGAGCGUCCGUUCCACCCUCGGCGCCUGAAUCGAAUGCUGAAAGACGGCGGCUUCCCAGGCGUACUUCGCUCGAAGGGCUUCGUGUGGUCGGCCGGGGACCAUGACACGGCCGUGGAGUGGAGCCAUGCAGGACUUGCCAUGAGCCUCAAGGCAGGCCCUCAGUGGCUGAAGGCCUCACCGACGCCGCCGUCCGAGUGGCCGGAGGAGGCCGCACAGUGGAGGGAGAAGCUUUACGGAGACCGGCGCCAGGAGCUUGCCUUCAUCGGCGCCGACAUGAGGGAGGCAGAGAUCCGCUCGGAACUGGACCAGAUCUUGUUGUCUGACAAGGAGUUCGCCCUUGGGCCCAAGUUCUGGGCCAGGUGGCCCGGGCUCGUGACAGUCAGGCGCGGCUCCUUCAAGAAGGGCAUGCGGGGAGUCAAGCGGAAGGCGCCAGAGACCAAAGGCGAGGCGGCGUGAGGGGUUGCGUCCUGGGGCUCCGUGCUGUUCGUCAAAGAAUGGCAAGUUCGGAAGCGCCCUGUCAGACAAAUGAUGGAUUCGUUUUGUGUGUUGGGAUUCGUUUCUUGAUUGGAUUUGAGGAUGCAAGGGAGGGCUACGCCUCCAUCUCUCCUCUUCUUUAUUUACGGGCCUGGUUUGCGUCGAGGACUGGUGGUGGGGGUGGUGACACAGAGAGCAGGAGAGGAGGCGGCAUAGCCCCCACCCGCUCCUGCGACAAACGCGAACUCGCGACACAGCGAAUCUCCAUAGCUUCUCUUAGAUCCUGGCUUCGCAGCUCGUGCGCGCCAUCUUCUUUUUGUAGCCCGCCGUAAAUAGGACUUGCGUCGCCAGAACGGCGCCGCAAGCGAGGGGUUGAAUUUACUGGAUUGCGGGAGCCAGCGCCAGAGUGGCGGGGGCGGGAGGGCCGAGGGCGGUGCGGGCUGGUCGGCGAGGGUAAGAUUGUUUUUUGUUGAAUUUGUUGCAGGCGGCUGCUAGCUUCGGCGCUGCUUCAACAUCGAGGGUCCGGGUUGACCAGCGAGAGUAAGUGUUUCUGAAUUUGUCGUACGCGGGGUAGCCUAGCGGCGACGUCUCAAUAUCGAGGGCGUUGUUUCUGUUCCGUAUGCCAGAACUCAUUUAAGCCGCCGUGGGCAGGUGGUCGCAUAGUAUUUUUGGUUUGAGUAAUGGCUGGAACUGUUCUAAGGUUUGCCAGCAGGUGACCCUCCGAGGGUUCUUGUUCCCACUCACGUUUUAGAAUAUAUCCUGGUUCUCCUCCCUCUCCCCCUCUGAGAUGUUUGCCGUUGCAAGCAUGAGGUUUGCAUUAAGCCGGCUUUGCAAGAUCACGCCCCAGUUCCGCCGUGCAUUGUUUGACCGCGGGGUGCCCCAAGAGAGGCGACCUCACCAUAGAGAUGGGGCCUCGGGCGUUGCUCUAAUCAUUCUGCCUUGGUUUCGUGUCGGAAUUCCGCCCCCUCCGCCUCCCUCUUCCUCC